AUGGCCCUGCCGCGGCCUUCUACUCUCAGUCACUUCCUCGGCGUUGCGAGAGUCUCCACCUCCGCCGCAGCCGCUCCUGCAACAACACCUGCUGCUCCAUCCGCGGUAUCAAGCCUAGCAAAACCAUACCGAGUCAAUCGAACGACUACAAACAACUUACCCGUAUAUCUGUUGUCCAAGCGUGGGGGAAAUCUCAAGCAAACAAAGGUUCGACGCAUCGAGGGAAACAUAAAUGUGUUGCGGACGGACCUGCAGAAGGCUUUGGGAUUGCAGGACAAGGACAUCACGAUCAAUCAAUUGACGCAGCACAUAAUUGUCAGGGGCCACAAGAAACCAGAAGUUUUGAAGUUUUUGGAGGAUAGCAAAUUCUAG